AUGGAGAUGAAAGAGGAGAAGAGUAACGGUGAUAGCAUGACGGAAAAGCAAGAUCCCUACACCACCGGAUUGCGCUUCAGGCUCCUCUGGCAGUAUGGCCUCGAAGUUUCACGAGCAAUGGAGGGAUUGGGAAGCAGCUGCUGCGUCCUUGAAGUAGAUGUCAAUGGCCAAGAAACUUUCCUGGUGGACAUGGAAGUCGUCUCGUCUUUCUCGGGGAGAUUUGCUAGAUUGUUCGGUGCGAAAUCUAUGAGAAACUCCGGGAAAGUAAAGGUGAUAUUCCAUGAUUUCCCAGGAGAAGCGGAAGGCUUCGAGCUGAUGUCCAUUUUCUGCUACAACAAUGGGAAAGUUCGCAUUACUCCCGAUAACGUAGUUUUACUAAACUUGGUUGCCCACUACAUGCAAAUGGAAGACGAUGAGACGAGCUGUAUGACGCCGAACUUAGUACAUCAGACAGAAACUUCUCUCAGAGGAAUCAGCUACUGGUCUUGGUCCGAGCUCUCGUCGGCUCUGAAGCAGUGCCAAGAUUUGUUCCCUGCGACUGAUUCCUCGUUUGUUAGCCGGAAAAUCACAGAGUCCAUCGCAGAGAGGCUUAGUUUGCCUAACAUUGCGGCUUCAUGUACUUCGUCCUCGGACAGCUCGAGCUACCGACUCUCUAUCGACACACGAAGCACCGAGAGUAGAAGAACUGAUUGUCUGGGUUCGAAGAGCUGGUGGUUUGAGGACCUUGUGAUCCUGAAUGUUGAUUGGAUCAAGAGGAUUGUCAAAAUGAUGCUUUCCGAGGAAUUCAAUCACGCUGUGAUCACUCGGUUCCUAAUCUACUACCAGAAAUCGAGAUUUGUCGGGGCCACUCCAUUCCAGAAAUGCGGAAUCAUAGAAUCUAUUAUCGACCUGUUACCGUUGUUGGACCAGAGCUCUCUUUCUUGGAAGUGUCUAUCUGAGGUUUUUCGGGUGGGUUCAGGAUUAAACAUCAGGACAAGCCAUAGAAUACUGUUGGAGAGACUAAUGGGUUCAAGGCUCGAUCAAGCCUCUCCGGAUCAUCUUCUAUUUCCUUCUCCAAGUGGAAAACGUUAUGCUUAUGAUGUAGAUCUGGUUGUUCGUCUCAUCGAGGCCUUUUUGGGCGAAGGACGCUCUUCAUUAUCCCCGGAUCGACUGAUUAAGGUCGGCCAUUUAUUGGACUCCUUCUUAGUGGAAGUCGCGUCCGAUGUUGACCUAAAGCCUUUGAAGUUCGAAUCUUUAGUCACCAUCCUGCCUGAUGCAGCCAGAAAAUUGCAGGAUCUGCUUUAUCAGUCCAUAGACUUGUAUUUUGAGGUCCACAAUCAUUUAACUGAAGAACAAAAGCUGGGAAUAUACAGAGUACUGAACCAUGAGAAGCUCUCUGCGGCAGCUAGAAAGCAUUUUGCAGAAAACACGAACUUCCCCUCGGACUUCAGAGCAAAUGCGCUGCAACUCUUCAACAAAUCCUCGUAUUACGGCUUGAAAGCUAGAAAAUAUGAGCAGGCCACCGGAGCUCACUUGCAAGGACUCCAUCGGAGGAUUCUGGAGCUAGAGAAACUAUACAAGAUUAUGCAGACCCAGAUGGCAAAUCUGGUGAAACCGCAGAAAAUGAGCGGUCAUAGUUGUGAUUCGUAUUUGCCAAAACUAUGUUCAUCUUAGGAUUUCGUUGCUUUCUAUUAAAUCCCUUUUAUUCUUUCUCUUUUGGGACUACAGUCUUGUGUAAAAUUUUGGGUUAAUUCAUCCCAAUGACCA